CGAGGUCAUUCACCCCUGUCAAACCAAAACAUACAAAGUCCACGUCGUGUGACCGAACGAGCAUUAGUUGUACUCCAUUUAUAUUCCUGCGUGGCGCUCACAUAGUAGCUUCUACAACUUUCCCUGCGUGUCUAGUGCAUUCUUAGAAAGACACAGAACAACUUUUCUGUCAGACUUAGAGACUUGAAGGUCAAAUGGAGGACGCAGACGACAGUAAAGUUACCGGCGCCGCAGCCCUGGCGGCGGCUCUGAAGGCCCAGGGGGUUGAGUACGCGUUCGGGAUCGUGGGGAUCCCGGUAGUGGAGGUGGGAUUCGCGCUGCAGAGGGCGGGGAUACACUAUGUGGGCAUGAGGAACGAACAGUCGGCAUGCUACGCCGCUCAGGCUAUAGGCUACCUGACCGGCAGGCCGGGAGUGUGCCUGGUUGUGUCCGGUCCGGGACUCUUGCACGUGAUUGGUGGGAUGGCCAACGCCAUGGUGAACUGCUGGCCACUGCUGGUGAUUGGUGGAUCCUCCGACACCGACCAGGAGAGCAUGGGCGCCUUCCAGGAGUACCCACAGGUAGAGAGCAGCCGACUCCACUGUAAGUAUGCCGCGAGGGUUCCCGAUGUGCGAGACAUCCCGUUCUUUGUGGAGAAGGCUGUGCGCAACAGCAUGUACGGGCGGCCAGGUGCAUGCUACCUGGACAUCCCAGGGCAGCUGGUCAACAAGGAGGCCGCGCAGUCGCAGCUGAGAACCGUGCCGUGCUGUCCACCCCCGCCGAAGGUGUUGGCAGAUCCCGCUGCAGUGGUUCGGGCGACCUCAGUGCUGACAAGGGCACAACGACCUCUAGUGAUUGUCGGGAAAGGUGCAGCGUUCUCCCGUGCGGAGGGAAGCGUUCGGCAGUUUGUGGAGAAGACGGGUCUGCCCUUCCUGCCCACACCCAUGGGGAAGGGCGUGGUACCUGAUGACCAUCCGCUCUGUAUGUCUGCUGCUAGGUCCCGUGCCCUGCUGCAGGCAGAUGUGAUCCUGCUGCUGGGAGCCAGGCUAAACUGGAUCCUGCACUUCGGCCUCCCUCCCCGCUUCAGCGCAACGGUCAAGACUAUACAGGUUGAUGUGUGUGCAGAGGAGAUGGGUAACCCUCGGCCAGCUGAAGUGGCUUUAGUUGGGGACGUGGACUGUGUGGUGAAACAGCUGAACCAAGCAAUGGAUGAACACCACAGAGGCUGGAGGUUUGCUGCUGAGAAGCCCUGGUGGGUAAACCUGAAACAGAAGGCCGAGGUGAACAGGAAGGUCACACAGAAGAUGGCCGACAACAGGACACUUCCCAUGAACUACUACUCUGUCUUCCAGCACGUGAUCGAGGCCAUCCCCCAAGACGCCAUCAUCGUGAGCGAGGGCGCCAACACCAUGGACAUCGGGCGGACCAUGCUGCCCAAUCGGUUGCCACGACGACGGCUGGACGCCGGGACGUUCGGGACGAUGGGCGUGGGACUCGGUUUCGCCAUCGCGGCGGCUCUUUACGCGCGUGAUCAUCUUCCAGGAACAAAGGUUGUCUGUGUGGAGGGUGACAGUGCGUUUGGCUUCUCUGGGAUGGAGGUGGAAACUGUGUGCAGGUACCAACUGCCAAUCCUGUUCAUCGUGGUGAAUAACAACGGGAUCUACCAAGGUUUGGACCAGGAAACAUGGGGACACAUGGAACAGGCAGGCACACAGCUUACACUGGUCAGCCCUCCUACAUCUCUACUGCCCAACGCUCGAUAUGAACAGGUGCUGACUGCAUUUGGCGGAAAAGGCUACUUUGUAGCGACCCACGAGGAGUUGCGAAGUGCCCUGAGGACUGCAACGUCGGACGAUCGCGCCUCGCUGAUCAAUGUGAUGAUCGAACCGACGUCCACACGCAAACAGCAGGACUUCGACUGGCUAACACGAUCCAGUCUCUGAUUUUUGUAGACCGAAAACACAAAAAAUUCAGCAGUUAACCUUCUCCCUGCUACCUAGUCAAAUUAUAUUGUGAAAAAUUUUGCUAGUUGAAACUAAGUCUCUGAUUUUUUGUAGGCCAAAAAAAAAAGGAAAAAUUCAGCAGUUAACCAUCUACCUGCUGCCUACCUGUAAUCAGUGCAAAUUUGGUGCCAAAAGGCUGUCUUGGCAGGAAAAUGGUUAAGAUAUCUCUAAGUCUAACCAUGAUAUUUUCCUUGCCUCUGUAUGAUUGUGUAUAAUAGUAAGAAAAUGUUAGUGUAAAAAAUUAAACGUGUAAUAUUGUACCUAAUUUAUCUUUCACUGAGGCUACCAAGUCAAUGACUGAUGUAUGACGUUAGAUGUUAUGAGCUUGCAAAUUGAAUGACAAUUUAUUAGGCAACAUAUGGACAGGACCAU